GAUUAGCAGCGUUAGCUUGUGUGGGUGUGUGAGGUGAACCUCUGAGGCUCUGCAGCAACAAUGUCUUCAGCUCAGUCUCUGAGGGAGUUUAUCAGAGAGCGGCUAACUGCUGCUGCUGCAGAAAUAUUCUCCGAGUUUGAACAAGCCAUCGUCCGCUAUGAGGAAGAGAUCGAUCGUCAGCGCAGACUGCUGGAGAUUAGCUGGAAACCACAGAUCAACUUACACAGAAUAGAACUCCCGCUGCAUGAUGUCAGCAAAGAUGAGGAGGUUCUGACUGACCAGCAGCUCUGGAACCAGGAGAGGACCUCCAGUUUGGACCAGGAACAACCAGAACCUUUACAGGAGGGACCAGAACCUCCACAGAUAAAAGUGGAGCAGGAUGAUCCAGAACUUUUGCAGGUUCUAGAACAAGAGGAGCUCUGCAUGAGUCAGGAUGAAGAGCAGCUUGUACUGAAGCAGGAGACGGUUACCUCCCUUGUGACUCCAGCUGAUGAGGACAGAGACCACCAUGGACCAGAACCAGACAGACACCAGCUCCUUCUGUCACUGCUUCCUGAGGCUGAGAUCAGAGCUGCUGCUCCUCCAGUGUCCACAGCCUGUCCAGAACUUGCGCAGCAUCACGUCUGGGAAAAAGUGGAGGUUCUGACUGACCAGCAGCUCUCUGACCAGGAGAGCACCUUCAGUUCAGACAUGAAGGAGCCAGAACCUCCACUGAUCAAAAAGGAACCGCAGGAACUCCGUAUCCAUCAGCAGGAAGGGCCGUUCAUUCUGAUGCAGGAAAAUGUGACCUUCAUGGCGAAUUAUCCACUUGAAGAAACAGACUGCUGUAAACCAGAGCCAGAUAGGAACCAACCCUUGUGUCAGAGUUCUACUGAAGAUGAGAACCAAGAUCAGGAUGGAUGCAGGAAUGAAAACUCUGAAUCAAAAAGCAACGAAGAACUGACACAAAAUAAAAUAAGUCAACAAACCAAAGAUCACAGAGACAGUGUAGACAGUCAGGAACUAAUAAUGCACAAAAGGGCUCGCAGAGAUAGAUCAUUUUCAUGUAAACUGUGUGGAAAAUCCUUCAACUACAAAGGUCAUUUGACUCUUCACUUGAGAACUCACACAGGUGAGAAACCAUUUGCAUGUGAAGCUUGUGGUAAAGGUUUUACAGACCGUGGCUCCUUGACUAAACACUCAAGAACUCACACGGGUGAAAAACCCUACCCAUGUGAAUUUUGUGGUAAAUGUUUCUCUAGGAGUGAUCACUUGACCGAUCACAUGAGAACUCACACGGGUGAGAAAUCAUAUCCAUGUAAAAUAUGUGGUAAAUGUUUUACUGGCAGCGGUAAAUUGACUAAACACAUGAGAAGCCACACAGGUGAGAAACCAUAUCGAUGUGAAAUCUGUGGUAAACGUUUCUCUUGUGGAGAUCGUCUGACCAAACAUAUGAGAACUCACACGGGUGAAAAACCUUAUCUAUGUGAAAUCUGUGGUAAGUGUUUCUCUAGGAGUGAUCAGUUGACCGAGCACACCAGAACUCACACAGGUGAGAAACCAUAUCCAUGUAAAACUUGUGGUAAAAGUUUUACUUUCAGUAGUAACUUGGCUAGUCACAUGAGAACUCACACAGGUGAGAAACCACAUGAAUGUAAGAUUUGUGGGAAACGUUUUACUGACAGCGGUAAUAUGACUAGUCACGUGAGAAGUCACACAGGUGAGAAGCCAUAUCCAUGUGGAAUCUGUGGCAAAUGUUUCUCACAGAGCUCUUCUCUGACGAAGCACUUGAAAACUCAACACAAAUGAAGUUUUUUUCUUGUUUGAUGUGCGGUUUGAGUAAAGGUUCCGGAGGGUUGACGAUCCUGAUUUUAAAACUACUUUUAGAAUGUUUGGGGAUUAUAUGACUGCCCGCUGGCCCCGUCGGACUAUUGUCCGUAGAGGGAUGGGUCAGGGUUCAAAUUAUGGGGGAGCUAAGGGACAUCUGGCUCCCUCGAGGGGUUAAUGGGCUCCCCUAGAAGCCCUCAGCUUAGGGGGAGCCUAAAACAAGAUACAGUUUCCAUCAAGAAUGGUGUAUUUAUAUGGAGUCUCAGUGUUCCAGAACUUUUGAGUGGAAAGGGGGAAAGCUGAUUGUUCAUGCGCUCCAGGCCUGAGCUUCUUGUGCAUGACCAGGCCAAACAUGUAAUUUCAUGUUGUUUAUCUUAUUUCAUCCAUAAUUCAUUUAGUUUUUAAAGCUCAAUUUUUAGGUUGUUCAUUUAAGUAUAAUAAUGGCCCUUGACCCAUUUUCACGUCUGACUUUCUAAAAUGUUUUAUUAGUUUUCUUGAAUUGUUGAGGCAACCGACAACAGCACAUGUUGGACCAGAGCUCGUCUUUGAAAUGGUAAAGCCGCCGGUUACGGCGUAAAGUAGCAGGCAGCUUACGUACGCUCUUAAAGAAACGUGGAUACAUGCUGGAGGUUGAGGAGGAGAAGGAAGGCUGAUGCUGGAGUAGGCUGCAUAAGGUAAAUAAAUGUGUAAAAACCAAGCUGUUCUCGUGUGGUGUGUGUGUGUGUGAGCCCUGGAGUGGCUGUAACUGCGAAAAUGUAUUUUUGAGUAAGAUUAAUAUUAAAGAGCAAGUCACCACCUACCAGAUUCUUACUCAACUCCCACUUCCUGUUUGAAAAAUGCAACAAAUGCUGUUGCCUAGCAGAUCGAGAGGGCGGAGCUGCUAACAAAUACACACACUCACAACAUUGUGACAUCAUAAUGUACCCGUCUAACAUCAUAGUGUACCUCUUACCCAAUAGCGAUGGCAGAUUUAAAUUCGAAUGCAGUGCAGAGUUUUUGCCUGAGGACGGUGCAUCGCUGACAGUUUUAGGCAGAAUAUUUUAAUUUUAACUAAGAUGCACUAAAGUGCCGAAUUAUUGAUUCACGUGUCUGCAACACGAUCAGACACUCAUUUAUAUAGUUUAUCAACAAAAAAAUGUUGAUUUGGAGUGACUUGCUCUUUAAAUGUUACAUUACUGUGUACAGUUAUGAUUACAAACAAAUGUUUCUUGUUGUAAAGAUGCAGUACAUGUCUGUUAAAAAACAUUUUUUAAUUAUUUCUGAAUCUAACUGGUCACGUUUGUCAUGCAGCCUGAACAUGAAAAUAGUUCUCUACAACUUAGCUUCUGAUAGAAAAUAAAUGGAUAGAGUCUCGGUUCAGAGAAGCCUGACAGAGUCACACUUUCACUUAACAUUCAUGAACUCACCCAUCUUGACUCGCAACGGGGAAGGCCGUUGGUGGUUUAGCGUCCAGGAAACCGCAGAGAACGUCUCGACUAGUUGGAGGUAACUGUUCGCAACUCCAGCGCAUGGCAGAUCUCACUCAGGCUUGUGUCAUUUGUAGCGAUGUUCAUGAAGUAAUCAAAUCUUUUAAACAGGUCUU